CCCGUAGGGCCCGCGGCGUCCCCCGUCGCUAGGCAACCGCGCUCCGGCCGCGAGAGGGAGGAAACCCAGGGCCCGGGGCCGCCGCCAUGGACCUGGUCAUCACGCAGGAGCUGGCCCGAGCCCAGAGCCAGCAGGAUGCCGCCUCCCUAAGGAGGGCCUAUGAGCUCAUUAAGUCGGCCAACCUGGGCAAGUCAGAGUUUGACCCCACGGAGAGCUUCAGCCCCGACCUGUUUGUUCUGUGUGCGGAGCAGGCCCUGAAGAUGGGGCAGCCCGAGAUGAGCGACGACUGCAUCCAGAUGUACUUCAAGGUGAAGGGGCCGGUCACCCAGUUCCUGGGCAGAGCGCACCUGUGCCGGGCCCAGCUCUGUGCCCCCAAGUCGUCGGAAAACCUGGAGGAAUUUGAAAACUGUGUGACCCAGUAUAUGAAGGCAAUAAACUUCGCAAAAGGAGAACCCAGGUAUUACUUCCUGGUGUAUAACGCGUCGGUGCUGUACUGGCACAUGGUGAGGCCCUUCCUGAAGCCCGGGUUCCACCACCACCUGAUCUCCAGCCUGUCGCAGAUCGUCGCCGUGUUAAAUCAGACGGAGGAGGAGGACAAGGAGUGGCGCGCAGAGCUGAUGCUGGAGCUUCUGGACUGUUACCUACAGGCUGGAAGGAAGGAGGAGGCCGCGAAGUUUUGUGUCACUGCAGCGCCGUUUAUAAAGGCCCACGUGCCACACAGAUAUCGACAGAUGUUUUCUGUCCUGGUACAACACGAAUUAGUGGAUGAGCUUCAGCUAAAGCAGGAAAAGAGAACCUCCGUGAGCCUGUCUGUCACUUACGACAUCAACGUGCUCAAAGCGAAAUUGGAUAAAAAUGAUUUACCUGAAGAUGUCGGUGCGAUUCUGAAGAAGACCUAUAAGCACUUGAGCUAUUUCAAUCACCAGCACCUCCCUUCAGUCAGAGAGGAAAAAAUUCUUUUGCUUUUUGAAUUGGCUCGUCUUUCUUUGACCUUGAAAUGUGAGGAGAUCUCCUCUGGCUGCCUCUCAGACUUGAAGAACAUGGACAGCAAAGAUCCCGGGAAGCUGAUUGAAAUCGAAUGCCUGGAGUACGAACUAGAAGCUUUAAGACUCGAGAGUAAAGUUAAAAUGUACGUCCGAGCAGCUGUUGAGACGCAGCUGAAUCUAGUGCAGAGGCUUGACGUCGCGCUACAGCGAGCCGUGCGCCUCGGCGAACCCAGGCUCAUCCACGUGGUGUGCACCACGCAGUGGAACACGUGUCUCCCUUUGCUCCAGCACAACCUGCGCUACCACCUGCGGAAGCCGCUGACCAACAUCGCGGACAUCCUGGAGAAGGUGGACAGCCUCAUGGUCCUGCUCCGCUGCCAAGUGCACAUGGAGAUGGCUCACAUCGACGAGGACGAGGACCGGCUGGAGCCGGCCAUGCAGCACUUGCAGAAGGCCAUGCUCCUGGACAGCCUCGGCCUCUACCAGGACAAGCUCACAAUGGCCUUCAACCGGCUGCACCUGUGCACCAUGCAGUACCAGUCCCCCGAGCGUGCGGAGGACCAGGCCAUCAUGGCCAUCGAGCAGGCAAAAAAAGCCAUCCUGAAGGAUAGCGUCAGGAAGAAGCGGGCUCUCCUGGUGAACGCGGGCCUGGCGCUAGCCCCCGACACCUUCCAGAUCGUGCUCGACAGCGAGAACGAGGCCAAAGUUUCCACGGGGAAAAUCAGGGGCCGGUUCACCUACCUGUUCGCGAAGGCGCGGCACCACAUCAUCAGCGUGGACAAAGCCGCCGGGCAUUUGCGGCGUCUGGGGAACAAGAACGACAAGGAGAGGAUCCAGAUCUGGGCGGAGCUCGCCAAAGUGGCGCGGAAGCAGGGAGUGUGGGAUGUUUGCCGGGCCGCCAGCCGCUUCUGCCUCCUGUACGACAACGUCAAGGUGAAGAAGCCCAUGUGGCUGAAGAAAGGGAGGAAGAAGGGCGGAGACAGCUCUGCCCAGGACUCCCGGGGCCCGUCGGAGGUCCCCCUGCAGAAGCAGGUGUCGUCCAGCCUGCUCCGGAAGUUCGCGGAGGUGGGGUUCAUCAGUGCAGAGGCCACCGUGCACCUGCUGCGGUCGGAAGGUGUGGAGCUAAAUGACCGUCCGCAGCCCCCCGAGGACCUGAGCCAGCACUCGGCUGGCUACACACUCGAGUCCCCGGAGGACAACACGCAGUGGAUCACGUACCAGACCUGGAUCGAGGGACUGUCGCAGAGCGCCAUGAGCUGCUGGCUGCGGUCCGCCGAGAUCGGACGAGAGAUCCAGGAGAGCUGGAUCGUGCAGAAUGCGGUGGUCUACGUCCUGAACCACAACCACCACCUCAUCGUGGCCGGGAGGCAGAAGGAGCUCGUGAACACCUUGGACCACCUCCUGAGCAUCGUCAAGGCCACGGGCCACAGCGGAGACCCCACCAUGCUGGUGAUGCUGUGCAAUGCUUUGGCUCGGGGCUUGAUUAUCACCUGGAUUCCCACCCAAGUGCCAGAAAAAUCUAAAAGACCCGUGCGCCCAAACCUGUUUCAUAUACCCCUGGACUCGGGAGCCAGCUCUGAAGUCAGAACUGCUGUAGAGGUCUGUGAGUUUGCCCUGGGCCUGACCGACGGGACUGUGCCCGAGGAGGUGGUGCCCACCAGCACCCGGCAGCAGCUCAUCGCCACCUGGGUGAAGGCCAAGCAGCUGCUGCAGCAGCAGAUCGGGCCACGACUGGGCAUCGAUGAGCAGAAUCCCAACGAGGACGUGAACUCAGUGACACGGGUCCUCGUCGCCCUGGAGAUGUACUCCUGCAACGGGCUGGGCCUCAUGGACUUCACCGUGCCCCCCUUGGCCCAGUUGGUGAAGAUGGCUUCUGAGUGCACCUGGUCGGACCCCCUGGUGGAGCUGCAGACCCUGAUGCGACUGACCCACUUUGCCCACGUGGCCCAUGACUACGAGGUCACCAUGCUGUGCUCACAGAAGGCCGUCCAGAUGGGCAUCCGGUACCUGCGGAUGUGUAGCCCGGCCGAGACGGCGCCGGUGGCGGAGAUGCUGAGCACCACAGCCUGCGUCCAGGGCAGGAGCAUCAUGGAGAACCUGAAGGGGAGAAAGCAGCUGCGCCUGGCGGCCGCGAGGGCCUUCAUAGAGGCCGCCAGGUUCGGGGGCAUUGCGGGGAGCAGCGCCCUGGUGAUGCUGGCCGCGAGGCACUACUGGAACACCUGGCUUCCGUUCCUGUCCUCCGCUGUCAACAGAAGGAAGACCAAGAACGUCAUACAGAAGAUCAUUAGCAUCAUCAACAAGACCGAAAGGAAAAAGCAGAGAGAAGGCAAAGCACUGCUCCUGCACCAGUGGCCUACAGCGGACUUCCACAGUGGAGGGUCGACAGAAGGUCAUUUUCUCCCAGGGGCCGAGGACGAUCUGACGCUCCGCGCGGCGCUCUACGGCCUGCUCUUCCACUGCCACGCGGACCACGGCGACUGGGAGGGAGGCCUCAAGGUGCUGGACGAGGCCGUGCACGUGCUGCCCCGGACGGCACACCGCCUCUUGAUUUUCAAACACAUGGUAAUCGUGAAGGCCAAACUUGGCCAGAAUUUUACAAUGGAAAUACAGAAAUUCAAAGACGAAAGUGAAGAUUAUUUGGCACACAUGUGGCACCGGCUGGCCUUGAACUCAAAGAGCGUCCACGGGGAGCUGGUCUGCUACCACAACGCGAUCCAGGCCUUACAGAAGCCAGAGAGUGAGUGGCAAAAAGUCGAGUACAUCAUGGAAUUCAGCGAGUGGCUUUAUUACAAACAGUUUCCUAUGGAAGAUGUGACUUUCCACCUAAAGUGGGCGAUUGACAUCCUGCUGAUGAUGACAUCUGCCAGGGACACGCCUGAGCCGGCAGAGGAGCACCUGCCCGCUCAGGCGGCCCCUGAGAGUCCAGGGCCCGAGGACACGGGGAUGGCCCCCUUGGAGAGGCUUUGGAACGUGAGACAGCUGGAGGCGCUGGCCCGCGCCUACACCCUGCUGGCCCUGGUGGUGUCCCCGAGCGCUGCCGACUACGAGGACUACUGCCUCAUGGCCUACACGUUUCUCAAGCGCAUCUGGCAGGUUUCUUUAUUAACAGCAGGAAAAACAAUUUCAGAAAGUAAAAUUCUAGAAGCAGCACCUAGUUCACAUUUGUUAUUGCCUAAAAAAGAGAAGGAGAAGAAGAAGGAGAAAGAGAAGGAGAAAGAGAAGGAGAAGAAGGAGAAGGAGAAGAAGGAGAAGGAGAAAGAGGAGAAGAAGGAGAAGGAGAGAGAUAAAGAGAAGGAGAAGGAGAAAGGCCGAGACCCCAAGCAGAACCAGACGGCACUUCCUGGCAAACAACCGGAAGACUUACCGGGGAGCAUAGAAGAAUGGGCGUCCUACUCCUGCCCCGAAGACGUGGUGUCUGUGUUUAAACAGGACAGAAGCGACUUGACCAUGAACCCAUCAAGCAUCCAGAAGCCGACAUACACUUUAUAUUACCUGGACCAUUUGGUCAAAGCCUUGCAGAAGAUGUCCCUUUAUGAGCUCACCAUCCCAGUCCUGCAGCUGGGCGUAGUAAUCGCAGCCUCUGUGGUAGAAAGCAAGAGCCUCAAAGAUCUCUACCACCUUCGGCUUGCUGUUGUUUGUUCCGACCUGAAGCUGCGCGAGGCGGCCGCUCACCACGAGGCGCUGGCCGGGCAAACACACAUCUACGAAGCGGAGCAGGCAAGCUGCAGAAAAGAGAUCGCCUUGAGGAAGGAGAAGAAUAAGGAACCGUUCUCGGAAGACAGCGUGGCGACACUGGCUGAGCCCGUCGCUGCGGUCCAGCCCGCAGAGGUGAAGCCGCUGGUGGCCAAGGAUAAGAUCCUGCAGAUCAACGGAGAGACUGGGAAGGGCCUGGAAGGGACCUCCUUUCCCGAGCUGUGGACCCUCAAAGCAGAGGUGCUGCUGGAGAUGGACCUGUACCAGCCCGCGAGGCUGCUGCUGGCAGAGGCCUACCUGGCCUUCCAGGAGCUUGAUGAUCCUUGUGCAGAAGCAAAAUGCCUGCACCUUCUAGCACAGCUAGCAAACAAGGAAAAAAACUAUGGACAAGCGAAGGAGAUGGUGGAGCAGGCCCAGCGCCUGGGGGGCAGUGAGGACUUCUGGUACAGCUCAGCCCUGACUCUGGCAGACGCGCUCCUGUCCAUGGAGGGUGAAGGCCGAGAGGCGGUCUGCCAGUUGUUUCAAAGACUCAUGGAUGCCUUCAGGGCCCUGCAGAGGGAAAGACCCAACCGAACACCCGUCUUGGAAUUUAUGAUCACAGACCUAGAAGCCAGGUGCGUGAGCCUCCAGAUCAGGGCUGCUCAGGAGCUAGUCAGUGGAGAACCUCCCGAAGGCUUGUUUCGACUGAGCGAAAUGGAUGAUCGCUUGAUGGAGAUUGAGAAAAAGUUGAUCACCUGGGGCUGCCCACAGAAUUGUGUGAAUAUAAAACUAGAGCGCGCAAAGAUAAAGAGAUUAUGUGCCCAAAAUGAGAAAGAUGAAGAGCAAAAAAUGGCGUACCACCUGGAAGCCCAUGACUUGGUCCAGACAGCCGUGGCUGAGGCUGAGGAGCUGUUCCGCCACGUGCGGGGCUUACUGUCCGUGCAGGAGUUGCAGAACAUUAACACGCCUCUGAUGAGGAAGCUGGCGCACCUGCGGCUGCACCUCGCAGAAGUGUCGCUGGACAUGCUGCAGCUCAUGUGGGCCGAGGCCCUGGCUCGGCAGCUGGAGCAGAGCUCUGUGGACAAGCUGCUGGCCGACUACCUGCAGAGCACGAGGGACUACACCUCCGUAGGCCUGGAAUGGUUCACGCUGAAGCGGACCCUGGCGCACGUGGUGCUGGCGCAGCUGGGGAGUCUGCACUCCCUGUGCAGCGGCUGCGUGGAGAUCCGCGCUCAGGUCCUGGGCCUGGCCGGGAAGGCCCUCCGCCUGCUGGCCACGCAGGCAGACCCCAUGCGCCCCGCCCACUACUGGGAGGAGGGCCCCUUGGCGGGCACUGAGCUGAGCAGCCUUAGGCGUCUGGAAACCAUCACAGAGGACGGGGUGGGCGAGGAUCACUGCCGGGACCCGCGGGCCAUGAGGGCCAGCCCCGAGGAGCACACCAGGAAGGGCUCGGACCUGCAGAGGAGACUGGUGCUGGCCCAGCGCUACCUGGCCCAGGCCUCCGAGGUGCUGCUGCAGUGCAUGCAGGUCGCCCUGGGCAGCUGCCUCCUGGACGUUGCCGCGGCCGCCAGCCUGGAAAUGGUGGAGUGCACCGGCACCCUGGACCCCGCCACCACCUGCCAGUUCCUGGCGCUCUCUCAGAGCUGCUCGGCUUCAGAGAUGAUGCGGGAUGUCCUGUUCACGGCCACAGCCAACACCAGCAGCUCGCAGCUGGCGGCCCUGAUGCAGCUCCAGCACCAGCUGAAGCAGAAGGGGAGGAUGUCCACCAGCUUGUUUGCGAGUGUGAAGCAGAGGCUGGCUGUCAUUUCCAAGGCUUGGCAAAAUCUCUCGGUCACCGAGCAGCAUUUUAACCUCCUGAAUGAAAUCCCGCCUAACCUUCGGAUCCUCAUCCUGCACCACUCCCGGGACAGGGCCCAUCUGUACUGUGCUGCUUAUGAGAGACCCAAGUCCAUCCCGGCGGCCAAAGGGAAGGUGCUCCAAGUGGGGGGCUCCUGCAAGGUGGCUCGGGUGGCCGUGAAUCCAGCCACCUUCUCCCGCCUGUUGGCCAGCACCCAGCGGUUCCGGGAGCUGACCCAGGCCGAGGUGAACAAUGAGGACCUGCUCCCGUGCUCAGGCCCGAGCUUCAGUGACGUCCUGGCGUCCAUGGAGGAGUACCUGAGGCCGCUGUUCCCCGUGCUCGGCGGCCCCGAGGCCAGGAUGCAGGUCCCCACGGCUGUCGCGGAUUCUGGGAAGGCAAAGGGCAAAGACAAGGAGAGGAAGGUGUCGCAGGCCCAGGUUCAGCUCGAGGCUGCAGACGACACCGUCCUCAUCGUGGACAGGCAUCUUCUGGAGCUGCCCCUGGAGGGCCUCUCUGUGUUUGAGGCAGGGAUGGUGUCCUCCGUGUCCCGAGAAUUCUCCCUGCAGAUGCUGUGCAAUCGCCUCCGGAAGGAGGAGACAGCCGAAGGGGCCAUGAAGAAGGAAGGCAGAGGCAAGAAGAGGAGUCCAGGGAAGAAGGGAUGGAAGGACACUCCACCCCGGCUCAUCCCGCCCGACUGCAUCAUCGUGGACGCCGACAAGUUCAAGUUCGUGGUGGACCCCUACGAGGAGGCCCAGGGCACAGAAAUGCUGACUCCUGUCUUCGUCACCCGGGAAAUUCUGGAGAGAUUCCGAGACACGUUCACCGCCCUGUGGGUGGGCCAUCUGGGCAAUAAGCACCUGCCCAGCCAGGCCGAGUGGGAGCAGCUCCUGGGCAGCUGUGGCGGCUUCUUCUUCUAUGGGAUGGAGAGCUUCCUGUCUCACAUACUGGUGGAAAGUUUGGCUGCCAUGAACCUUCAAGAGUGCCAGAUGAUGGUCCUGCUGGACCUGACGCGGUCCUACAAGAGCAUGCGGCGGCAGGCGGAGCGCUCGGAGAACAAGAGCGUGGCCCAGCUGUGCUUGGAGGACCCCAUCGAGACCGCCGUGCUCCUGAGUCUGGCGGGGGUCAGGAGCAUCCUGGCAAACCAGUGGCCGACGCUCCUGCGGGACAACGCGCUGCGGGCCAGCGUCCUGUGGGAAAAUCUGUUGGCGCUUGGCAAGCCGAUCGGGAGAGCAGCGCGCGUCCUUCAGAAGAUGGGAGCUGGUGACGUGAGUAGCCACGAUGAGUCUGCGUGGACCUCCAGGGACAAGCCUCCGUACCUCUGGCCGCAGCUCGGUGACUCCGCUUGGCUCCCUGUCACCCUCAACUCCGUCCUGUAUGGGCUGCCCCACCUGGCCGUCGGGUGACCCCGGGGCCAGGGCCUGCAGACCCUGCCGCUGAGGAGCCACCGCCCAGCCCUCCCCAGACGUCGGCUCCCCUCCUCCAGUGGCCCCGCCCUGAGCCCCAGUUCUGCUCGGGGUCAGGCCAGGGCCCUCCGAGUCUGGCCGGCUCAGGGGCUUCCUCCUCGGGACCCCCUCCCCCAGGCUUGUCUGGGGACCCUGGUGGAGGAGGAGAGUCGGAGGGGUGCAUCGCUGACCCCAUGGCUGCCAGGACCCCAGAACCCUCCCCGGCACUGUGCCUUCCCUCGGGCCCCAGUGGUGGGGGGCGGCUGUAUUUGGGGUAGGGCUGGUCCUGGGCUGAGGCUCUCCCUGGGGGUCCCCCGGGUCCCGGACAAGGAACACCAUGGAUUUGGCGUGAGCCUCUUAGUAAACGACAAGUGUCUGCA